CUUUGCAUGGCAUGCGAGUUGAGGAGUUGCCAACUGAAGAUCUUUGCAAGACUUCGCCACCUGCUGAAAAGGAGGCUUCGCAGGUGCAUGCUCCGAUGAUGCAGACAGAACCAAAAGAGGCAGAGGCAAGUUGGGAAGCUGCUUUCGAGGGUGCACGAGUGGAGGUGCAGCCAGAAGAAGGUGCUGAGACUUGUCCUGGCGUGAAAGAGGUGGAAAGAGAAAAUCCAGCGCGGAUGCAAGCACCAGAAGUUGCAGAGGAUGCUCUGCAGAUGGAACCUUCGGCCUUCGCUGGAACCCAGGUCUUUGAAGCUCUGGAAGAGGCACCUAUGGUGGAGAAGAUGACGAAAGAGAUUGCUGCAGGUGCAGAGGAGCCAGAAACACCAGCCAUGGCAGAGACUGAGGUGGAAGGCAAUGAAGUAGCUGCAGAAGUGGCCGACCCGCCUGCGAAGGAAUUGAAGGCAAUGAGCUACAAGGAGCUGGUGGCGCUGGCAAAGCAGCGAGGUGUGCGCGCCAGCGGCAAGAAGGCGGAAAUCUUGAAGAGGUUGCAGAGAGCCAACGCCAAAGCCAAGGCAAAGCCGGCGAAGCCGGCAAAGGCGAACGCAGGACAGGAAGUGCCAUCGCCAAGGCACUCCGUGAAGGAAGUGGAGGAUACCCUGGCAGCGAGCCAGAGAGGUGGCAGCAUUGAUGUGAUGCCCUUAGCCGAACUGCGGAAGGCCUGUGAGGAUUUGCAGAUGCCCAGCACUGGGAGCCGCGAGGCUCUGCUGAAACGCCUGGCGAUGUAUGUGAACACGGCUGCCACGCCCUUGUCGCAGAGUCAGGGAGGAGGAGAGGAAUCCCAGGCACCCGGAGGCAAUCUGCUCACUUUGCCAGAGACCCAAGCCUGUCAUCCCUUUGAUCAAGGUGUCUCGGCUGGCGCGUCCCCGGUGCAGUCUCAGCAGGACGAAGGUGGUGACUCUAUCGAAGCCACAGAGUUUCCAGGCCUUGAGAGAGGCAAUUCUCCAGUGCCAAAAGGAUCACCGCGACCCACCUGGAGUCCACGUCGCAUGCCGCCCCCAUCAGAGGUGCCCAAGAAAGCACGCAAGGCUCCAUGCGGCAUCCAAGAUUUGAGCACCAAAACGGCGAAGGAGUUGCAGCAGAUCUGCAAGGACCGAGGUCUUUCCUGUCGUGGUGGAAAGGCUUUGCUGCUGGAGCGCCUUGUUGAAGCGGAGCAGGCGCAAGAGACCCCGACUCCUGCCAGUCCUGUUGGGCUUCCAGUGCCGCCCACGAGGUCGCCCCUGCGGCACGGAGACGCCUUCAUGGAAGCAGUUGAGGCAUCGCAAGAUUCUGCUGCUUCCGCUGCCACCACUGUGCUGACAUCUUUCGCGAAGAAUCUGGCAGCCCUGCCACUGUCGGAGCUGCGCAGCGCCUGCGAGGCCCGGGACUUGCCCAGCCACGGCACGCAGCAGCAGCUGGUGGGGCGCCUGGCGGCGCUGCUGGUGGUGCCGCCCGAUCCUGUGGGAGCCAGCCAAGCCACUGUCUAUGAAGAGGUGCCUGCUAGUAUGGAUACCUUAUCCUUGGCCGGACUUCAAGCAGCCUGCCGCGCCUGUGGUUUAUCAUCCAAUGGCAGCGCCUCAGUCCUUGCCGAACGCUUGGCAAGCCACGUGGCGGAGGAGACCCAAGAGGAUUCUGCUCCAGCGGAUGCCGCAGUACAUGAGGAUGCGGAGGAUCCCCCCGGCGUCAAGACACCGCCGCCCACGGCUUCAGUGGCCAGCCCGGUGAGGGACGCAGUCGAGAUGCAGACAGAAGCAUCACCGGCAGAUAGCAUCCCAGCAGCACAGCCAGAUAUGUCGGCCGAGGGCAGCAGCCAGGAGGCCAAAGCUGAGGCGAGCCAACAGUUGGAACCGCUGGAAGCCUUAGAAAGUCAGCUGGUGGGAGAUUUGGAUGAACCUGUUGACGAACCUGCUGAUGAACCCAUUGACACCGUGGAGCCGCCAGUGCCUACGGAGCUGCCCCGUUUGGAUGAUGGCUUUCGUGCCGGGCUGCGGCUGCUGCACACAGAUGAGCUGCGUCGUGCCUGCUUAGAUCGCGGCUUGAACUUCCAAGGGACCAAGGGCACAUUGCUGAAUCGACUGCUGGAGCAUUUUGCCCGAGCACCGCUGCCUACACCGACACAGGAGGUCAGCAGUAACUUGAAGCCACUCGAGGCAUCAGCCAAAACAUCCAAGGUGGAUCCUAAGAGUUCCCCCAAACAGCAAGUGGCUCCCGUGGUAGAAGCACCAGCUCAAGCAGCUCCAGAAGCUCCGGUGCCGCCUGAUCUCACCGUAGCUGUCGAGCCGCCAAGCAAGAAGCAGAAGCUUCAGCCCAAAGCUGUGCAGAUUCCAUCGGAGAUCCAACAGCUGCGACCCUUGCAAUCCACUGCAAAGGCACCAGUGCUGCGGACCUUGUCGUCUCGGCCCCGUACCGCCACAGCAGUGGCACCCAAUUUCACGGCAUUGUGGCGGACCAUGUGCCCCGCGCAGCAGACGGAAGCACCAAAGUCAGGUCAAGGGGUUGGCCUUUCAGUGGCAGCUCCCGGUCGCAAGCGCACCAAGCGCACUGAGCGCACACGGACUGCACGGACUGCGCCGCGCAACAAGCUGCGGGUGGGCAGUUGCCAUGGGCGAACAGUGGCAGGUGCCCCUUGUCGCAACGCUGGUCGUGCGCAUCCCGCGGGCGCGCGCUUCGCGUAUUGCGCUCGUCACAGCCAGCACUGGGCUCGAUACGAAUCGGUUGGGGUGGAAGAUUUGCCGCCAAAGCCACUGAAAGCUGUGGCACCCAGUGAUGAUCAAGAUGCCAUGGUGACUCCAAGCGAAGUGCAGCGGCCCGUCGCCACCCCAGCUCGCGCCGCUGCCAAGCGCGUCGCAGCGCAGCCUGUGAAGCCGCCGGCGAAGCCGGCGCAGGGUGCGACGGUGAAGCCAAAGGUCGCGAAGGUUAAGACGCCUUCCCCCAAAGCGAAUGCCAGGAGGAAAGAUGCGAAGGGAGAUGGGAAGGAUCAUGGCCGGGUUUCGCCCAAAAAGAGCCAGACUCAAAGAUCUCCAAAGGCGGUGACUGCCAGAAGUGCGAAGAGGUCGCAUGAGGCAUUGGAACUGCCAGGAUUGUCCAAAGUGAUGGCACUUCUGCCCAAUGUCCCCAGCAAGAGGUGCAAGCGAUGAGCUUCCCUAUGGCCUGGCGAGCGACGUGAAAAGCUGAUCCAAUCUGACGCAUGGGUUGCUCGGAUGAAUCUCACAGAUUCGCGAAGAAAGGCUUUCAGACUUUGGUGACAUGAGCUUUAUUG